GAUAUAAACAUUUCAGAAGUAUUAUAUGUUAUGAUGGAUAGAGUUUUUUGUAGUAACAAACAUAAUGGAGAAUCGGUGACAAUAGGAAGUCGAGUCCAAGACUGCAGAACUGGUGACAGAGGUGUUGUUUGUUUUGUUGGUCAAGUUGGAGAUGCCUCUGGAAUAUGGAUUGGUGUAGAUUGGGAUAAUCCUGAUCGAGGGAAGCAUGAUGGCUCUCACAACGGUGUCAGAUACUUCCAUGCUCACUUUCAAACUUCUGGAUCGUUUGUUCGGCCCACAAAAUUAUUGUCCGGCAUUGAUCUUGAGGCAGCAGUCAGAGGUAAAUACCAAGCUCCUCCUCCUGAUUCUAAGCUCGUGGAGCACAUGGUGCAACAUGCCAUCAAUGCUCGAUUUGUUCAGUUUGUUGGCAUGGAGCACACCAGUAAAAAACAAAGUGCUCUUGAAACUCUUCGCCUGGUGGAGCUCAAGGAAUGUCUGGUGUCACAUGCUGGACCGAACAGCCUUAGCUGCCUACUGCCGAGAGUGACAGACCUCAACCUAUCUGCUUGCCUGCUGCCUCACUGGGAUGCUGUUGCCGUCAUUGCCAAGCAGCUGCCUAAACUGCACAUGCUUGACGUCAGUGAGAACCGCCUGGCUUUCCCUGAAGACCCUGAUGCUUUGAAGCCAAGCUUUACGGGUGUGCAGCACCUGAUCAUGAAUCACAUGCUACCACAGCAGUCCUGGCAGCAGCUACUGCAGUGUGCACAAAUGUUCCCCAGCCUCACAAAUCUCCAGGUGGCGUUCAACAACCUCACUGCCCUGGGGCCAGUGCCUUGCGGUGAACUGAAGUCCUUGCAGAAGCUGGAUGUUGGAGCAAACCCCAUCUCUGACUGGGCCCAACUGAUGCACCUGGCCCAUCUGCCCUGCCUCCAGGAGCUCAACGCCAACAACUGCCGCAUUCCGUGCGUCGAGCUACGCGAUACCGGCGACGUCGCGCUUCCUUUUGAGCGCCUGGGCAGCCUCUUCCUCGCCAAUAAUCCUCUCGACAAGUGGCGGUCAGUGUGCCAGCUGUCACGGCUGCCAGCGCUGCACACUCUCGCGCUGGACUUCAAGCUGCAGGCCGAGAACUACUUCCCUGAGUUCGCCUUCGCCAUCAUCAGGAGUCUUGUGAUGCUGAACAGAACGAGCGCCUCCCGCAAAGAGAAGCGCGACUACGAGAUCUUCUACCUGAACACCUUUAGUGACGCCUACUACGCCGCGGGGGGCGACCCGGACCCUCACCUCGCACGCCUCACGCACGAGUUCGUCGAGUCGCACCCCACCUACCUCGACCUCGUCAGAGAACACGGAGCUCCUGCAGACGGUCGAGAGCAGUCAGAGUUCAGCCUGCGUCGCGGCAAAUUAAAAGACCAGAAAUUAACUCUGAAUGUCACGUGCAUGGAUGGCCGCCCGCCGCUGCAGCAGACGCUGCUGCCCACCAUUAAGGUCUCGCGUUUGAAAAUGAUGCUGAAGCGCUCGUUGAAGCUACCGCCAUCUGCUCAGCUAACCGUUACUUACGCAGCAAAGCAGAAAGGCAAAGCAUUCGACAUUCCGCUGGACAGCGACCACAACGAGCUGUCCUUCUUCUCUGUGGAAGACGGCGACACCCUACACGUCUGCUGGUGACACGCUGCACCCUACACGUCUGCUGGUGACACGCUGCACCCUACACGUCUGCUGGUGACACGCUGCACCCUACACGUCUGCUAGUCACCAGGCUGCGCUACCAGAAAAGUCUCUACCAAAUGUGAUCGUUCCUACAAAUUAUGCUUCGUUCAGUAAUAAUGUAACAAUAUUUGAAGCACGCUCUGGAUCAAUGUUUAGUUAGGUUCAAGUUUAUGCGAUGUAAUUUCCAUUGUGUGAAAAAUUACUCCAUGACAAGUUCUUAAUGUGAAGCGAUGUCCCGCCUGACGUGGAGCUGUGCUGCAUCUCCUGACUGAAUUUCAUAGGAUUUUGUUUUGUCAUACUCCCUAACUGAGAUCGAUUCCUGGUCUCUGACUGACAUGCUUAGGGGGUUCUGUUCAUUUAUAAUAUAUAUGUAUUAUGAUUUGUUACAUUAAUAUGGGCGCAUCUGGCUUUUAAUAUACUUGAUUAGGGUUAAAAAUAGGCUCGUAUUUUCAACGCUUCACGCAAAUAUCGUAAUUUAUUUCUGCAUGACAAGUUGUUUCUACGUUCGUUGUAGAGGUUUUUCUGUAAUACUGCGUUGAAGCGAUUAUAAGUUAGUGAGAGAAAACUCACUACAGUUAAAAUUGUCAGCCGCUUUCCUUAUUUUUCAUUAGUUUGUUUUCAUUUGGUUUCAUUUUAUUCAUCAAGUCUGCAUCGGAAUUUUAGUUUGUCUGCUGUUAAUUACUCUUCAGAUUGUCUGGGCAUUUUUCUAUGGGUGAGCUAGCAUAUCCUUAUUUGGACAAUAGGACCUCUCAUUUUUUCUCAAAGCGUGAGCUGUCGGGUGCGACCAAGACCUCUCGACGGCCUAGUUUCUAUAUCCAGUUGUCACUAUUUCACUUGAAUAGUAAAAUGAUUUAGAUUACUACAACUAGAAUUUUGAAUACUUGUGUUUGGUGUGGCUGCACCUGACCUCAAAAAAAACCAUACCUAAGAACAGCUUUGGAGAUUUUCAGCUUCUUUUCCGUGCGAUGUAUGGAGGCCAGGCGGCAUAAGGAUUGCAACAGCAGCUCAAGCUGACGCAUUCUGUCGUUAUAAUUUAUAUUGCACGUGGACUCUCCUCCUUUCAAUCACAUUCACUGUCAGUCUUUCAGAACGCAAUUUUAAUGUAUGUACCUACUUAUUUAUAACACAUCUUUUCACAUAAAAUUUAGACGGAAAAUAACUAAAGCUUUACUCAAUUAACAAAAGAUUUACCUUGAUGAUGUAUCAUUCAAAGGUGUUAUUCAUAAUAAAAAUACAAAUUUUAA